ACCAAUCAGCGAUCGCGGAGCGAGGAUUUAAACCGAAACAGCUACGUUCUCAUUAUAUCCAGCUGCGUCCUCCAUCGUCCCUGUGUUUUCGCUACAGCAACGCUUCGAUAUGGCUUUCCGCGUCACAAGAAACCGCCUGGCUUCCACCAGGGCUGAGCUCGCAGGGAAGGCCUGCUCCGUCGCUGCGCCCUCCGCCAAGCCUCGUGCUGCUUUGGGGGAAAUCGGCAAUGUUGCUUUGAACAAAGACCUCCCGAAAAAGGAUGCCAAAAAAGAAGUGGUGAAGAAGCCCAAGGCCACUGUGGCUGCCCCCAAAGCUGAGAAGGUUGAACAGCCCGUAAUUGUUCCCGCAGUCCCAGAUGUUCCGGAUGUCCAGGAACAUGCCUCGCCUACUCCAAUGGAAACCUCAGGCUGUGAGCCAGCAGACCUGUGUCAGGCUUUUUCUGACGUUAUGCUUGACACGGCCAUCAGGGACGUGGAUGCCGAUGACUAUGACAAUCCUAUGCUCUGCAGUGAAUAUGUGAAGGAGAUUUAUAAGUACAUGCGGCAGCUGGAGGAAGAGCAGAGCGUUCGGCCAGACUACCUGAAAGGUCAGGAGGUGACUGGGAACAUGCGCGCCAUUCUCAUUGACUGGCUGGUGCAAGUUGGCAUGAAGUUCCGCCUGCUGCAGGAGACCAUGUACAUGACUGUGGGACUCAUCGAUCGCUUCCUCCAGGAACACCCAGUCCCCAAGAAGCAGCUGCAGCUUGUCGGCGUCACAGCCAUGUUCCUCGCAUCUAAAUACGAAGAGAUGUAUCCCCCAGAGAUUGGUGACUUUGCCUAUGUGACUGAUCGGGCAUACACCACAGCUCAGAUCAGGGAGACUGAGAUGUCCCUCCUUCGAGUCCUCAAGUUCCAGCUGGGUCGUCCUCUGCCCCUUCAGUUCCUCAGAAGGGCUUCGAAGAUCUAUGAGGUCACUGCAGAGCAGCACACCCUGGCCAAAUACCUGCUGGAGCUCACCAUGGUUGACUACGACAUGGUGCACUUCCCACCUUCUAUGGUGGCCAGUGCUGCACUUGCCCUGACUCUGAAGGUUUUGGAUGCAGGAGAGUGGGAUGCAACACUGACUCAUUACAUGGGCUACACUGCAGAGAGUUUGAUUCCUGUGAUGGCGCACAUUGCUAAGAAUGUUGUGAAGGUGAACAAUGGGCAAACUAAGCACAUGGCAAUCAAAGGGAAAUACUCUACCUCGAAGCAGAUGAGAAUCGCCACCAUCUCCCAGCUGAGAUCAUCGGUGGUCACAGAUCUUGCGUCACACAUCUCCCAGUGACUGGACGCUGUACCUUGCACCACCUGAUCUCUUGUACAAUUGUAGAAUACUUUUCGAUUGCAGCUGAGGAUUUUACUCGGCACAAAUGGACAUUUUAAUGCGGUUGUUUUUUGUUUUUACCCAGCAUUUUUGAUAAUUGUCUUUUAGGGUUUAUAUUAAGUAAUAAAUGGUCUUACUCAACUUUUGCAUUGUCAUUUUACUAGCGAUCAUGUUUUUUGUUAAAGUAAAAUGACACUUAAAGUUGGGGUUUGGGACGUCCAGGCUUCAAACUGACUGGACAGUAAUUUCUGCCCAAUAUUCCGCUAUAAGGUUUGAAUUGAGCCUCAUAAGUGCUUUAUGGCAAUCAUGUGCCCAUUCCUGAAGUGAUUCAAUAUUUUUCAUGUUAUCACAGAGGAUCAUUGUCAAGACUAGGGCUUCUAAGUCAUUUCUGUCUUAUUGUGUCCAUGAAUUCUAAACUGGUUGUAUUGUCUUAGGGUAGGUACUUGGACGUGUUACUCCCUGUUAGCCUCUUGGUGUCGCUGUGCUAUCGUUUCACCGGUGCACUACGCGGAAGUGCGAAGCCGCUCAACUCCGCUCCCACAUGCCAACGAUUCUCCGGUGUUGUCACGUAUUGCAAUUGGAAAAGCUUUCAUCGUUGUAAUACACCCUAUAUGAAUCAGAGAUUGGGUCAGAACACUGGACAAAUGGUGCAUGUAUGCAGAGGGGAGGCCAGCUUGACCCCACGGUCUUGACCUCUGUUCCUCAGGUGGGGCUGCAACUAUCGAAUGUGACUCUAAAUUUUGACAUACGUUUAUGAGCGCACGGACUCGUGUGGUUUUAAAUGGUCAUUGGAAAACCGUAUAAUCCAUGUAAAUUGGACAAACUAAUCCUUUUAAUGCGCUACUUUGGUCAUAUGCAUGUAUGUAUUGCUUUCAUUUUGUUUUUCUUUUGAUUGUUUCACGUUUUUAUCCAGUUACAUUAUUUUAA